CAGUUUCAACAAAAUACAGACGCUUCCCCCUUUCACCUUACCUUCUUCCUUUUCUCCUUCUCUCAGCCGUUUCACGAACUUGAAAAGGCAGACACAUGGUUUCAAGUUCGUUUAAAACCUUCUCUCUGCUCUCUGCCUCUGAUUUCCAGCAUCUCCUCGACACCUUCCUCGCCCUUCCACCGCCGUUUGGAACACCUUCAUCAUCGGCUUCAUCUGCGACCAGCCCACGUCUCUUUCCAUGGUAACCCCUGUCGCAGGUACCUUGGCCACUGGGAUUGGGGCUUUGACGGGUGGUCAAGGAACUGGCUAGAUGGCGGUUAUGCAAACAAACGGAGACAAGGGAUUUUUUGGAGGGUUCGAAUCAGAAUAGGGAAGGUGGUCUGCUCCGUUUGGAAGAUGGCUGAGGUUUGGCACCGGACAUUGUUCCUUAAAUGGUGGCUGCUGGCUGGGUGCUCAUACUCGAUUUGGGUUUUCCUGCAAAUUUUCAGUUUGUGCAUUGGUGUCGUUCUUCUACGUUGUUCUUGAUUGUGGUUCUAAUAUUAUUUACCAGCAAUUUCAGAUGAGGGUAGAAGUUAUAAAAUAAAGUGAAUAGGUUCUAAUAUUAUAUACCAACAAUUUCAGAUGAGACUAGAAGUUAUAAAAUAAAGUGAAUAGGUGACUUGCCCACCAAAGGCUCUAAUAUUAUUUACCUGCAAUUUCAGAUGAGCCUAGAAGUUAUGAAAUGAAGUGAAUAGGUGACUUGCCCACCAAAGGUAUUCUUACAAUUUGUGCUUAUUGAGUGGAUUUUAUAUUCUUUAUUUAUAAUGCUCACUAUAAUUGAUGCACCUCUUUUAGAAAAGAAACUGAUUUGCAGGUACAACCCACUAUAAUGUAUGCAUAUCUUUGAUAAAUUUUUCGUUUCUUUGGGUGUAUAUAUAAAGAAUGAACUACUUGAUAAUAGUUGCUGCCUAGAAGUAUGGAAAGAACAAUCAUUGAGUCCCUUCCAAAUCCAAGUUUUCUUUCAGUUGACGAUGAGGCUCCAGUUUUGAUAGUUCAUCAGUGUAUGGUCAAGACUUUUGGAGGGGUCGUUGGGAUUUCAAACUACUAUCAUGGUACAAAAUUGCUAAUCAACUCUGAUGUCUAUGAUGCUAUAGAAUACAAGAAAAGGUUGCAAAGUACUGAUGUGUCUAUUUCACAAGGAAUUACCCAGAUGCCAUCCCAGAUUAAACUUUCAUUUGAGGAAGAAAUUCUUGAAGCACCAAGGAUGACAAUAUCAGAUAUCAGUUAUUGCACUGAGCCUUGCACUGUAUCUAUACUUGCUAAAGUCAUUGAGAUCAAUUAUGAUAAUGGAUGGAUGUACAACUCAUGCUUUAAGUGCUUGAAGAAAGUAGAGGAUGUUGGAAAUAAAUUUUAUUGCUCCAAAUGCUCUAAAAUGGUGAAGUCUAUCAAGAGGUAUAAGGUCAAUGUUUAUGCCAUUGAUGACAGCGGUUCCGCAUCUUUGGUAUUAUUUGACGGGUCUCUUUUGCCAUUUAUUGGAAAAAAUGCUGAAGAAUUACAAGCUGCUAUAGAUGAGGCGGCUCAUGGUCAGGGGUAUCCAAUUGAGCUGAAUUCAAUGAUUGGUGAAUUUUUUAUGCUGAAUAUUGAUGUUACCCAAAAGAAUAUCGAGGACAAUUGGCAAACUUAUACAGUGAGGAAGUUGAGUCAUGACCAAGCAAUAAUUUUCAAAUACAGGCUUAAGCAUAAUAUAGAGGAUGUUCAAAACAAAAACUGUAAUGCCACACAGUCAGCUCAUGAUGACCAGGGAACACCUUCACAACAACCAUAUGAUCUAUCAAAGGAUUGUACGCCCAGAGUAAAUGACCCUGGUGCUUCAACCGAAGUGCGUGGGAAGCGAGAUUAUGAUGUCGCAGACUUGGCUUCGCAAGAUGAAGGCGAAAGGCUGCAAGCAUCUGCUGUGAAGAAAAAACUCAAGAUGGCCACUGUUAAAGUGGAGCCAAAUUCAAACUAAAACGCAUUAUGUGUGUUGCGAGUGGUUUUUUAUGCUCUAUGUUUUUUGUGGUUGCUUUUAGAUAUUGGAUUUUCUGAUUGGGUUCUGAGGAUAGUUUCAAAUUAAUAAGUUGUUUGUUGGAAUUUUGAUUAAGUCUUUAUGGUGAACAUUUUUUUUAUGGGCUCA